UCGACUACGUGAAUUACGUGACCAUUUCGUCCACGAUAGUUUAAACAAUGUCAGAUAAACUGAAGUUGCUGAAUAUAUGUUAAGGUGUGCCUUUUCCAUUGCAUGGAGUGAAUAUUCAAACUUCCACGGAUAACCAAUGCUAAAAGCGUCUACCAAACGCUGUCAAUUGCUCAUAACAGAGCGGAAGAGGCGAAGUGAGAGAUUUAAUUCUAGCCAACAUCUGUCAAAUCAACCCAAAGCGUUUCUAAUGGGUUUAUUUUGGAACUUAACUUGUAGUGUGCCUUUCAGCCUUUGGGACAAUGACUCCCAUUGUUAGGGCGGAGACAUGAGCGUCUCGUCAUUAUAUAAAACAUAUCUGAUUAUGAGCGUGGGAUAAAUCUCUUGAUGAAUCAUACAUACCCUUACCUCGGUGUGACUGGAGCAUUUUCCUCCGAAUUAACGGCAACGUUUGGCUUCAAUCUCUUAACUUUUAAAAGUGUUGAAUUACAACUAUUUGCAACGAAAUGAAGCGGUAUGUUUUUCUAGGUGUUCUUUCGAUGUAUUACCUCCAGGUGUCAAGCUCGAGCGCUGCCGCGCACGGUUGUUUCUGCCAGGUGACCGGUAGCUUGGAUGACUGCGCUUGUGAUGUGGAGACAAUUGAUGCCUUCAACAAUGAGCGACUCUUCCCCAAACUUCAGAAGCUGCUUGAGUCCGACUAUUUCAGGUUUUAUAAGGUGAACCUGAAUAAGCCAUGUCCAUUCUGGACAGACGAUGGCCUCUGUGGGCAAAAGAACUGUGCCGUGAUCCCAUGUCCACCAUACUCGGCUGAAGCAAACAACCAGGAGUGUGAGAAGGCUGAGACGCUUGGAGCAGUGGACAGCUCCCUCAGUAAGGAGACCAGACAAGCCCUUCUGGAAUGGAACAAGCAUGAUGACGAGGCAGAGCGAUUCUGUGUGAUUGAUGAUGAGGAGUCUCCUGAUUCCCAGUAUGUGGAUCUACUGCUAAAUCCAGAGCGCUUCACUGGAUACAAGGGGCCCGAGGCCUGGCAAAUCUGGAACAGCAUCUAUGAGGAGAACUGCUUCAAACCAUACACUGUGAAGCGACCACUAAAUCCUAUGGCAUCUUACAGUGGGAAGACAUUUUACAGUUGGCUGGAUGGCCAGUGUGUGGAAAAGAGGGCUUUCUUUAGGCUCGUCUCUGGGCUCCAUUCUAGCAUCAACAUACACCUGAGUGCCCGGUACCUCCUAGAUGACAACUGGUUCCAGAAGAAGUGGGGUCACAAUGUCUCUGAGUUCCAACAACGUUUCGAUGCCCAGCUGACCAACGGCGAGGGCCCAAAGAGGCUGCGCAACCUCUACUUCCUCUACCUGAUCGAGCUGCGUGCCCUGGCUAAAGUCCUGCCUCUUCUCCAGCGCCCCUCCUUCCAGCUGUACACUGGCCAACCCACCCAGGACCGACAACACAAACGCGUGCUCCUAGAGCUCCUCCAGGUGGCCAAGUCUUUCCCUUUGCACUUUGACGAGACGUCUCUGUUUGCUGGGAAUAAGGAGGAAGCUGCCAAUCUCAAGGAGGAUUUCAGGCUGACCUUCCGCAACAUCUCCAGGAUCAUGGACUGUGUGGGCUGCUUUAAGUGCAGGCUCUGGGGCAAACUACAGACUCAGGGGUUAGGCACAGCCCUGAAGAUCUUGUUUUCCGAGCGACAGAUCGAGGCUCUGCCCAAAUCCAGCAGCGCCCGGCUCACUUUCCAGCUCAGUCGCCAAGAGAUAGUGUCUCUCCUCAAUGCCUUUGGAAGGAUUUCAACCAGCAUCAGAGAGUUGGAGAAUUUCCGAUCACUGCUGUCUAAGGUCCGGUAGCCUGAACCCACACGUCCCUACAGAGAGCCACAUACCCACAAAAGAAUAACCAGGCUGAUUAGAAAUGAUUCAAAAUACAACAGCAUGUAGCUGGGGUAUUUGGGGCUGCUGAAAGACACAAGUGAAAGUCCUGACAAGUGACUUACAAGGGAUCUAACUAAACAAACAAAGGAACAUGGGCCGUAGCCAAUCCCCUUUGAGCUACUUGCCAAUAAGGGUGUUUUCACACAGUUUUGAUCUACAGUUCGAAUCAGAGUUUGAGUAUUUGUUACAUCAAAUAACACAGUUUAAUUGCAGAAUGUUCUGUUGGACCGCAACUUCUGGUAUUCUUCAGUUCACGAAAAGAAAUGGCUAGCCAGCUACUAAACCCUGUUGCCCAAAGCUAACGCUAUAAGCAGCCAGCUAGCUUCAUGAUGCUUGACCAGACCGGGUUGUGUUGUGAAGCUAGCCACAAUAACGAUUAGGCACACUAGUGGAAUUUGCGGUUUGCCUUUUUGAAAGUGAUACAGAAAGUUACAAUUGGUGGAAUCCUGCCUUAUUUAGACUAGAUAAUGUCAAACAAGGUUGGAAUGUGAAGCAAUGAAAUGGGAUACCAGUCUACUUGGUGACACCCACAGAACACAACUGUGAAGAGUUUACACAAAUAUUAGCGUUGUAGCUCUUAUCGCGGGACUGUGACUGAAAUCACCUCCCCAGUCAGCCUAUUGUGUGUAUUGACAUUCAUAUUGCACUGUACAGCUUUGCCCAAGGAGUGGGGAUCAAUGAAAUGGGGUAUCAGUCUACUCAAUACCCAAAAUAUUUUUUCCCAAUGUCCUCCUCAAGAGUUAUCAGACUUGUUUUUCCUCUGGAAUAGUGUUCAAUACACACAGGUUGACAAUAAAUGUGGCUCAAUUCACAGUUCUUUCAGAGUCCCACAAUAAGAGCAACGACAGUAAUGUUCUCUGGGUGUCACUGAGUAGACUGAUACUCCAUGUCAUUGAUCCACAGUCCAUAGGUAAGCCUAGUGGUUACAGUGUUGGGCCAGUAACCGAUUCCCUAAGCUACAAAGGUAAAAAAAAUAUGUCGUUCUGCCCCUGAACAAGGCAGUUAACCCACUGUUCCUAGGCCAUCCUCACUUGCCUAAUUAAAUAAUGGUUAUAUAUAUAUUAUUUUUAUUUUUAUGCUGUACAGUGAAAUAAGUAUGCCCCUAAUGCAAUUCUAAAUUGCAAUUCUAUUCUAAAUCCAGUGUGAAUUAAACAUAUAAAAUCAACAAAAGACAAUCUAACAUUUCAACCUCGUUAAACAUGAUCUAUUAAAUGAUGUCAUAAUUCUACUAUUUGUAUUAAUUUGCAUCACUGUCAAUUACACUUAUUUUGAAGGCUAACCGCAAAGUCCACUAUUGUGGCUAGCUUCACAUAGAUGGGUCUGACCACCGUUAAUCAAAUAAGAACAGUCUUAUAAAUUAGGGUUAUUUUAGAUGACCCCAAGCUAGCUAGCUAACUCUAGCUACUGAAACAUAUUGUCGUUUUGCUAUGUUUUUGGGGAAGAACAUUGUUUGCAUCCAUGAGCUAGCUAGCUUUUUUAUGACCAGCACUGUAGGUGCGCGAGACAACUUUACCAGCAUCAUAGCAUACGUAUCGAUGAAUCAUUGUGACAUAUGAGUGAUAGUGUAAUAACUACGUACACAAAUUAUGAACGCGUUAAAUGUAUGUGACUUGAAGUCAUAUUCAGGUCCUGAUUGGUCAAACAAGCUUAUUUGACACGUCAAAUAGUAUUAUUUGACGUGUAUCUUUUUUUGACACGCAAAGACCCAAACGGUGUUCCAUAGUAAUAGCCCUCUCCACUAAUCUGCAUCGGAUGCGCUCAUAAAUGCGCUGCUACUCAGAGAAUGUUUCAGAAAUACAAAGUUAUGAUGCUGCGUGGAUUUCAUCAAAUGGUCGCAGUCAAACAACCAUUAAUACUGCGCGACUCUGGUUAUUUUCCUGUGUUUGGUCUGGACUGCGUUCUCGCCUGCAGCGAACCGCACCACGGUACAAAUUGAAUCGGGAAAAACCGCUCCAAAACUAUUGGGUGUGAAAGCCCCCUUAGAUACUGCACCGUUUUGCUUCCAGUACUUUUUCACAAAGUCCUGUACGCUGUUGGGUUUAUUGGCGAGUGGUUGACUACGAUAUCCUCAAACAUUUUUGCACACUACAUAUGUAAAACGCGUUGACAAUUGAUAUGUGUACACUCCUCAGGGCUUUUCUAUGUAAGGCAACUGAAUGUAAUGGGAUAUUUUCUAUGAGGGAAAAGGUAAACAUUGGCAUGUCCUACAUCAUCUACAUAAAGAGUGCCCACCCUUUGUGAGGGAAAAUAUAAUACACACAUGAAAGUGGCACACAUCUCUUAUUGCUGUAAGAGUAAGUAGCUUUGUCUGAGUCAGAAAGGCCCCUAUCUCCUAUAGCAGCUUGAUGAACAAGUACACCCACUGGUCCAGACACUAGUCUAUUACGGGCCUUAUGCUGAGUACCAAGUAGAGAGCCAUCAGGUCCUAUUUCUUGAGACUGGGAUGCUGGCCUUCUUGAGUUGCAAGGAAAAAGCCAUAUCUCAGACUGGCCAAUAAAAAGAAAAGAUUAAGAUGGGCAAAAGAACACAGACACUGGACAGGGGAACUCUGUUUAGAAGGCCAGCAUCCUGGAGUCGCCUCUUCACUGUUGACGUUGAGACUGGUGUUUUGCGGGUACUAUUUAAUGAAGCUGCCAGUUGAGGACUUGUGAGGUGUCUGUUUCUCAAAUUAGAUACUCUAAUGUACUUGCCCUCUUGCUCAGUUGUGCACCUUGGCCUCACACUUUUUCUAUUCUGGUUAGGUCCAGUUUACAAUGUUCUUUAAAGGGAGUAGUACACAGCGUUAUAUGAGCUCUUCAGUUCCUUGGCAGUUUCUCGCAUGGAAUAGCCUUCAUUUCUCAAACCAAGAAUAGGCUGAUGAGUUUCAGAAGAAAGGUCUUGUUUCUGGCCAUUUUGAGCCUGUAAUCGAAUCCACAAAUGCUGAUGCUCCAGAUACUCAACUAGUCUAAAGAAGCCCAGUUUUAUUGCUUCUUAAUCAGGACAACAGUUUUCAGCUGUGCUAACAUAAUUGCAAAAGAAUUUUCUAAUGAUCAAUUAGCCUUUUAAAAUGAUAAACUUGGAUUAGUUCACACAACAUGCCAUUGGAUCACAGGAGUGAUGGUUGCUGAUAAUGGGCCUCUGUACACCUAUGUAGAUAUUCCAUUUAAAAAAUCUGCCGUUUCCAGCUAUAACAGUCAUUUACAACAUUAACAAUGUCUACACUGUAUUUCUGAUAAAUUUGAUGUUAUUUUAAAUGGACAAAAAAGUGUUUUUCUUAAAAAAAAACAAGGACAUUUCUAAGUGACCCCAAACUUUUGAAUGGGUGUGUGUGUGUUCCAAAAUUAUUGGGAUAGUGACACAUUUGUUGUCGUUUUGACUGUACUCCAGCACUUUGGAUAUGAAGUCAUACAAUAACUGAGGAUAAAGUGCAGACUUUCAGCUUUUAUUUGAGGGUGUUUUGAAAUUACAGUACUUUUUGUACAUAGUCCCCCCCCCCCCAUGUUAGGGGACACAAGUAUUGGGAGAAAUUGUGUAUUAAUUGUGCAUUUUUCUUCUUACCCAAGAUGGCAUAGCAGUUAGACGUCCUUUGUCCUCAUCUUGUUGUGUCCCGUGUAUAUGCACUGCUCCAAAAAAUAAAGGGAACACUAAAAUAACACAUCCUAGAUCUGAAUGAAUGAAAUAUUCUUAGUAAAUACUUUUUUUCUUUACAUAGUUGAAUGUGCUGACAACGAAAUCACACAAAAAUGAUUAAUGGAAAUCAAAUGUAUCAACCCAUGGAGAUCUGGAUUUGGAGUCCUUAAAACAAGUCAAAAUGAGGCUCCGUAGUGUGUGUGUGGCCUCCACGUGCCUGUAUGACCUCCCUACGACGCCUGGGCAUACUCCUGAUGAGGUGGCGGAUGGUCUCCUGAGGGAUCUCCUCCCAGACCUGGACUAAAGCAUCCGCCAACUCCUGGACAGUCUGUGGUGCAACGGUUGGUGAAAUGGAGCGAGACAUGAUGUCCCAGAUGUGCUCAAUUGGAUUCAGGUCUGGGGAACAGGCGGGCCAGUCCAUAGCAUCAGUGCCUUCCUCUUGCAGUAACUGCUGACACAAUCCAGCCACAUGAGGUCUAGCAUUGUUUUGCAUUAGGAGGAACCCAGGGCCAACCGCACCAGCAUAUGGUCUCACAAGGGUUCUGAGGAUCUCAUCUCGGUACCUAAUGGCAGUCAGGCUACCUCUGACGAGCACAUGGAGGGCUGUGCGGCCCCCAAAGAAAUGCCACCCCACACCAUGACUGACCCACCGCCAAACCGGUCAUGCUGGAGGAUGUUGCAGGCAGCAGAACGUACUCCACGGCGUCUCCAGACUGUCACAUGUGCUCAGUGUGAACCUGCUUUCAUCUGUGAAGAGCACAGGGCGCCAGUGGCGAAUUUGCCACUCUUGGUGUUCUCUGGCAAAUGAAAAACGUCCUGGAUGCUGUUGGGCUGUAAGCACAACCCCCACCUGUGGACGUCAGGCCCUCAUGGAGUCUGUUUCUGACCGUUUGAGCAGACACAUUUGUGGCCUGCUGGAGGUCAUUUUGCAGGGCUCUGGCAGUGCUCCUCCUGCUCCUCCUUGUACAAAGGCGGAGGUAGCGGUCCUGCUGCUGGGUUGUUGCCCUCCUACGGUCUCCUCCACGUCUCCUGAUGUACUGGUUUGUCUCCUGAUAGCGCCUCCAUGCUCUGGAUACUACACUGACAGACACAGCAAACCUUUUUGCCACAGCUCGCAUUGAUGCGCCAUCCUGGAUGAGCUGCACUACCUGAGCCACUUGUGUGGGUUGUAGACUCCGUCUCAUGCGACCACUAGAGUGAAAGCACCGCCAGCAUUCAAAAGUUACCAAAACAUCAGCCAGGAAGCAUAGGAACUGAGAAGUGGUCUGUGGUCACCACCUGCAGAACCACUCCUUUAUUGGGGGUGUCUUGCUAAUUGCCUAUAAUUUCCACCUGUUGUUUAUUCCAUUUGCACAACAGCAUAUGAAAUGUAUUGUCAAUCAGCGUUGCUUCCUAAGUGGACAGUUUGAUUUCACAGAAGUGUGAUUGACUUGGAGUUACAUUGUGUUGUUUAAGUGUUCCCUUUAUUUUUUUGAGCAGUGUAUAUAUAUUUACAUAUUUUCUUCGCAUAUCUUCUUAUAUAUUUUUUUCUAAAAAUCUCAACUUCAAAACACUUUCCUGCAACCCGCCUUACCAAUUAAAAAAAAAAAGUAUUAUUCACCUCAAAUCUGAAAUCCACAAUAGAAGCUAUCCAGAAGCUAGCCAGUUUACUGGCUAACGUUAGUAUCCAGCGAACCACGGUUGGUGGUCAUCAGCUAUCCUUUAGCGCUAAAUGCUUUCGCCAGUUUUGUACAACACAACUCAGACCAGAGCAUACUGGACCUAUUUUCUCACCAUAUCCCCGGAUUUCUACCGCAAGCUCUGGACAUUUACACCUGUAUCUUGCAGCCUGCUAGCUGCUAUCCGAGUGACUAUUGGCUUACGUCGGUCCCAGAGCAAACAUAAAUUAUUCCGGAGCUAGCCAGCUGAAGAGUUCCAUCAGCCACUCCUGGGCCACAAUCACAUAUCCGGACCUGUUUUACUGCCGAUGCGGAGCUCCUUCACGACUGGACUACCGACAGUAUCUGCCCGAGGGAGUUAUCGAACUGGCCCCUCCAUCGCAACGUUACCUGAACGCCCAUCUGUGGCCCGGUAAUCGUUAGCUGUCUUACCGGCUGCUCUCUGAAUAGGUCUAUCAGACAAUUUUCUUGGGUCACUAUAACUAUAUCUAUUUUGACAAUUGGAUUGGUCCCCUCUACCACACGGAACCCCACUAAUUUACCGGCGGAAAUGCACGAGGUGGCUAAAAACAGACCUCCAUCCUCUGCCAGCUUGCUACCGAUGGCCCGGUCAGCUGUCUGAAUAGCCGUGACCCCAACCAACCUCACUACUCACUGGACCCUUACGAUCACUCGGCUAAGCAUGCCUCUCCUUAAUGUCAAUAUGCCUUGUCCAUUGCUGUUCUGGUUCGUGUUUAUUGGCUUAUUUCACUGGAGAGCCUCUCGCCCUGCUCAUUACCUUAUCCAACCCUUCAGUUCCACCACCCACACAUGCGAUGACAUCACCUGGUUUCAAUGAUUUUUCGAGUGACAGUAUCUCUUUCAUCAUCACUCAAUGCCUAGGUUUACCUCCACUGUAUUCACAUCCUACCAUACCUUUGUCUGUACAUUAUAACUUGAAGCUAUUUUAUCGCCCCCAGAAACCUCCUUUUACUCUCUGUUCCGGACGUCCUAGACUACCAAUUCUCAUAGCUUUUAGCCGUACCGUUAUCCUACUCCUCCUCUGGUGAUGUAGAGGCGAAUCCAGGCCCUGCAGUGCCUAGCUCCACUCCUAUUUCCCAGGCGCUCUCUUUUGAUGACUUCUGUAACUGUAAUAGCCUUGGUUUCAUGCAUGUUAACAUUAGAAGCCUCCUCCCUAAGUUUGUUUUAUUCACUGGUUUAGCACACUCUGCCAACCCGGAUGUCCGAGCCGUGUCUGAAUCCUGGCUUAGGAAGACCACCAAAAACUCUGAAAUCUCCAUCCCUAACUACAACAUUUUCAGACAAGAUAGAACGGCCAAAGAGGGCAGUGUUGCACUCUACUGCAGAGAUAGCCUGCAGAGUUCUGUCCUACUGUCCAGGUCUGUACCCAAACAAUUUGAACUUUUAAAAAUCCAAGUCUCUCACCGUUGCCACCUACUAUAGACCACCCUCUGCCCCCAGCUCUGAACUGAUUACCCCCCAUCUAUCUUCAGAGCUCGUGCUGCUAGGUGACCUAAACUGGAACAUGCUUAACACCCCAGCCAUCCUACAAUCUAAGCUUGAUGCCAUCAAUCUCACACAAAUUAUCAAUGAACCUACCAGGUACCACCCCAAAGCCGAAAACACGGGCACCCUCAUAGAUAUCAUCCUAACCAACUUGCCCUCUAAAUACACCUCUGAUGUUUUCAACCAAGAUCUCAGGGAUCUCUGCCUCAUUGCCUGCAUCCGUAAUGGGUCCGCAGUCAAGCGACCUCCGCUCCCUGAAACACUAAUCGACCUGGCCCGGGUAUCCUGGAAGGAUAUUGACCUCAUCCCGUCAGUAGAGGAUGCCUGGUUAUUUUUUUUAAAUGCCUUCCUCACCACCUUAAAUAAGCAUGCCCCAUUCAAGAGAUUUAGAACCAGGAACUGGUAUAGCCCUUGGUUCUCUCCAGACCUGACUGCCCUUAACCUGUUAGUCCACUAGGGGCAUUAUUUCCUUUUUGGAUAAAAAGACGUGCCCAUUUUAAGCGCAAUAUUUUGUCACGAAAAGAUGCUCGACUAUGCUUGGAAUUGAUAGUUUUGGAAAGAAGACACUCUUACGUUUCCAGAACUGCAAAGAUUUUCACUGUGAGUGCCUUAUAACAAAAGCUUCAGGCAAAACCAAGAUGUUUGAGCGACCAGGAAAUGAACAGGAUUUCUGAAGGUACGUUUUCCAUGAUCGCCUUAUAUGGCUGUGAAUGCGACAGGAAUGAACGGACACUCUCUAGCGUUUCCCCAAGGUGUCUGCAGCAUUGUGACGUAUUUGUAGGCAUAUCAUUGGAAGAUUGACCAUAAGAGACUACAAUUGCCAAGUGUCCCGCACGGUGUCUGCGUGGAAAUUGGUGCGCAAAAGUCAGCUACCAGUAUUUUUCCAUCCGAAUCAGAGAACAAAGAAGGCUUCUAGGACUGCCAUUUCAAUGAAGAGAUAUAUGACAAAACACCUUGAGGAUUUAUUCAAACAACGUUUUCCAUGUUUCAGUCGAUAUUAUGGAGUUAAUUCGGAAAAAAGUUUGACGUGUAGGUGACUGAAUUUUCGGUUAGUUUCGGUAGCCAAAUGCAUAGUAACAAAACGGAACGAUGUGUCCUACACAAUAAUCUUUCAGGAAAAACUGGACAUCUGCUAUGUAACAGAGUCUCCUCAUUGAAACAUCUGAAGUUCUUCAAAGGUAAAUUAUUUUAUUUGAUCCCUUUGCUGGUUUUUGUGAAUAUGUUGCGUGCUAAAUGCUAACGCUAAAUGCUAAGCUAGCUAUCACCACUCUUACACAAAUUAUUGAUUUUCUCUGGUUCUAAAGCAUAUUUUGAAAAUCUGAGACGAGAGGAUUGUUAAGAAAAGGAUAAGCUUGAGAGCAGGCAUAUUUAUUUCAUUUCAUUUGCGAUUUUUAGAAAUCGCUAACGUUGCGUUAUGGUAAUGAGCUUGAGGUUGUAGUAUCGCGACCGCAUGCGGGAUGGGGCGGACUAUGAGGUUAACCGUUCUGCAUUAGCAUCGAACAGCCCCCGUGAUAUGCAACUUUUCAGGGAAGUUAGAAACCAAUAUACACAGGCAGUUGAAAAGCCAAGGCUAGCUUUUUCAAACAGAAAUUUGCUUCCUGCAACACAAACUCAAAAAAGUUCUGGGACACUGUAAAGUCCAUGGAGAAUAAGAACACCUCCUCCCAGCUGCCCACUGCACUGAGGAUAGGAAACUCUGUCAACACUGAUAAAUCCAUUAUAAUUGAGAAUUUCAAUAAGCAAUUUUCUACGGCUGGCUAUGCUUUCCACCUGGCUACCCCUACCCUGGUCAACAACACUGUACCCCAAGUCUUCCCCAUUUCUCCUUUUCCCAAAUCCAGUUUGCUGAUGUUCUAAAAGAGCUGCAAAAUCUGGACCCCUACAAAUCAGCCGGGCAAGACAAUCUGGACCCUUUCUUUCUAAAAUGAUCUGCUGAAAUUGUUGCAACCCCUAUUACCAGCCUGUUCAAACUCUUUCAUGUCGUCUGAGAUUCCCAAAGAUUGGAAAGCAGCUGCGGUCAUCCCCCUCUUCAAAGGGGGGAGACACUCUUGACCCAAAUUGCUACAGACUAUAUCUAUCCUACCCUGCCUUUCUAAGGUCUUUGAAAGCCAAGUCGACAAAAAGAUUACCGACCAUUUCGAAUCCUACCGCAUCUUCUCCGCUAUGCAAUCUGGUUUCAGAGCUGGUCAUGGGUGCACCUCAGCCACGCUCAAGGUCCUAAACGAUAUCUUAACCGCCAUCGAUAAGAAACAAUACUGUUCAGCCGUAUUCAUUGACCUUGCCAAGGCUUUCAACUCUGUCAAUCACCACAUCCUCAUCGGCAGACUCGAUAACCUUUGUUUCUCAAAUGAUUGCCUCGCCUGGUUCACCAACUACUUCUCUGAUAGAGUUCAGUGUGUCAAAUCGGAGGGCCUGUUGUCCAGACCUGGCAGUCUCUAUGGGGGUGCCACAGGGUUCAAUUCUUGGGCUGACUCUCUUCUCUGUAUACAUCAAUGAUGUCGCUCUUGCUGCUGGUGAGUCUCGGAUCCACCUCUACACAGACAACACCAUUCUGUAUACUUCUGGCCCUUCUUUGGACACUGUGUUAACAACCCUCCAGACGAGCUUCAAUGCCAUACAACUCUCCUUCUGUGGCCUCCAACUGCUCUUAAUACAAGUAAAGCACCAACUGUCAGAGCAGCUCAGAGAUUACUGCACCUGUACAUAGCCAAUCUAUAAUUUAGCCCAAACAACUACCUCUUCCCCUUAUUGUAUUUUUUUAUUUUGCUCCUUUGCACCCCAUUAUUUUUAUUUCUACUUUGCACAUUCUUUCACUGCAAAUCUACCAUUCUAUUGUUUUACUUGCUGUAUUGUAUUUACUUCGCCAUUAUGGCCUUUUUUUGCCUUUACCUCCCUUAUCUCACUCAUUUGCUCACAUCGUAUAUAGACUUAUUUUGCUACUGUAUUAUUGACUGUAUGUUUGUUUUACUCCAUGUGUCACUCUGUGUUGUUGUAUGUGUCGAACUGCUUUGCUUUAUCUUGGCCAGGUCUCAAUUGUAAAUGAGAACUUGUUCUCAACUUGCCUACCUGGUUAAAUAAAGGUGAAAUAAAUAAAAAAUUCAAGUGGUAAAAGG